GGCCGGCGCGGAGGGGCAGCGACGGCGGCGCCGGCGCGGAGUGCCAUGCAUUUUGGGGUGGCCGAUCACGAACCAAGUGAGGAUUACGGCGGAGACAUCGAGGAAGAAUUACAUCACCUAUGUUUAAAUAACUAUCCGGCGAUAUGAGGCGUUGUUCAGCGACGGACUGGGCCGGUACAAGGGCGGCAAGGCGACCUUGAGGGUGCGGGAGGGCGCAGCACCGGUGUUCCAUCGCGCACGCCCGAUGCCCUAUGCGCUGCGCGAGCGCGUGGACGCCGAACUGGACGCCAUGCUGAGCGCCGGCGUCAUCGAGCCCGUCGACUGCUCGGACUGGGCAUCACCACUGGUACCUAUUAAUAAGCCGGACGGUUCGCUUAGAAUUUGUGCAGACUAUAAAACUACCUUAAAUCCGUAUUUAUUGGUCGAUCGGUAUCCUCUCCCUAAAAUAGAAGAUGUUCUUGUUAAUUUAAAUGGCAAUAUGUACUUUAGUAAAAUUGAUCUUUCACAAGCGUACAACCAAGUUGAAUUGGACGACUCGAAACGUUACACGGUUAUAAACACCCAUCGAGGGUUGUUUCAGUACAAUAGACUAGUGUACGGCUUAUCAUCUAGUGUAGGGAUAUUUCAGCGUAUUAUGAUGAAUUUAUUAGGUAACAUACCUAAUGUACAAAUAUUUUUAGACGAUGUUAUUAUCGGGGGCAAAACUCAAUCGGAACAUCUACAAGCCUUAGAAGCGGUUUUCCAACGUCUCCUUAAUAACGGAUUGAAAUUGAGGAAAAAUAAAUGCGUUUUUUUGGCUAAGGAAGUAACUUACUUAGGGUAUGUCGUUUCUAGGGAGGGCAUCAAACCAGAUACAACAAAGAUAAAAGCGAUUUUGCAAAUGCCACAACCCCGUAACGUAUCAGAGCUAAGGUCGUUUUUAGGGACAGUAAAUUUUUUCGGUAGGUUUAUUAAAAAUCUCAGUUUAAUAUUGUCACCUCUUUAUAAACUAUUAAAAAAGGAGGCGGAGUGGCACUGGAGCAAGGAGUGCGGAGAAUCUUUCGUGCAAGUAAAACGAUUGUUGUCAGGCGCUAACGUAUUAAGGCAUUACGAUCCAAGUAAACGUUUGAUAGCAACUUGUGAUGCGUCACCCCGAGGGGUGGGGGCGGUUUUGACCCAAAUUGGACCGGACGGCGGCGAACGCCCGGUCGCGUACGCAUCUCGUACCUUAAACAGCGCGGAGGCGAAUUAUUCACAGAUACACCGUGAAGCUUUAGGUAUUAUUUUUUGUGUCAAGAAAUUUCACCAGUACCUUUACGGACGUCAUUUCACAUUGCGCACAGAUCAUAAACCACUAGUAUCAAUAUUUGGACCGAAUACGGGUAUACCGACAAUGACAGCUAGCAGGAUGCAGCGGUGGGCAAUCAUAUUAUCAGCUUAUGAUUAUGAAAUUGAAUAUGUGAAUACGAAGGAUAACUGCGCGGACGGGUUGUCUAGAUUACCUAACGCUAAUGAGACACGGAAUAAUUCAUGUGAUUCCAUUCCCGAGCAAACGUAUCUGCAUUUCGCACAAGACGCGAUGUUAUUAGAUUAUAAUAAGAUUAAGUACUACACUAUGCGCGAUCCUGUUUUAGCUAGAGUAUUAACUUUUGUUCGCGAUGGUUGGCCAGAUAAUUGUGAAUUUGAUACGUUGAAGCCAUAUUUCAACAGAAAGUCAGAAUUAUAUGACGAGCUGGGUUGUGUUAUGUGGGGGCACCGGGUAGUAAUACCGGAGAGGUGCCGCGAUAAAGUUUUGAAAAUUCUACAUGAACCUCAUAUGGGUAUAGUCAAGACCAAGGCGCUGGCCCGUAGUUAUGUGUGGUGGCCGGGCCUCGACGAGACGGUGGAGGCGGCGUGCCGCGAGUGCGAGCCGUGCGCCGCGGUGGCUAGCGCCCCGCCGCGGCACGUGCCGCGCUGCUGGCCAUGGCCAACGCGAGCAUGGACUCGGGUACAUGUAGAUUUCUUGGGGCCUUUUCACGGAAAAAUUUAUUUAAUACUAGUCGAUGCUAUGUCGAAAUGGGUCGAAGUAUUCCAAGUUCCCAGCACGGCCGCCGUAUCAACCAUCGAAAAAUUAACCGAAGUAUGGGCUAGAUGGGGAAUACCUAAACAAUUGAUAAGUGAUAACGGCCCGCCGUUUUCGAGCAAAGAAUUUUCAAACUUUUUAGCCAUGGACGGGGUAGAACAUAUUUUUACGGCUCCUUAUCACCCGGCGUCGAACGGAGCCGCGGAAAAUUCGGUGAAAGUAAUAAAGCAAGUUAUUAAAAAAGCAGUUUUAGAAAAAAACGACGUACUAAACGCUAUUAACACGUAUUUGAUUUAUUAUCGCAAUACGGCGCACAGUUCCACAGGCGAGAGCCCCGCAAUGCUCAUGACAGGUAGGCAAUUGCGAACGCGUUUAGAUUUGCUAAAACCGGAUGUAAGUAUGAAUGUAACUAAAAAUCAGCAGCGGCAAACUCGCUUGGCCGGAGGGUCGGAACGGAAGAUUGAUGUGGGUGAGGACGUUUGGUUUCGAAAAUAUCUGAAAGGAGAGAAAUGGCAACCGGGUAAGGUGUCAGGGGUUUUAGGUGAUACGGAUUAUAACAUCGUCAGGGUAAUAUUAUUCACCGCCAUAUCGACCAAUUAAAACGGAGAGCGAGGAGUUCUAUAGUCUGUCCAAGGGGUAGCGAGGAAAGUAAUGAGACCGUGGCCCCGACCCCAUCCCCAAAAAUGCCACAGGUACCCAGGGAUGAGCCUACAACGCCGCAAGCAAGUACCAGUGGGCUCAGGAGCGCGACGGGUGCCUCGACGCCGAUGUUCGAUGCUUCGCCGGCGCGAAGUAUGGCGGAAGGGGAGGAAGAAGGCAUAGAAUGCUUCUCCACGCCCGGUAAGGAUAUGGGGAGUGGCGAGGAGCAAGUGGAUCAGUCGACGACCCCCCUUGCACCGGCCCGGUCGCGGCCCUUUAGACAAUGUAGAUUGAAAAAGCCAUCAUAUAAAGUAUAGGCACGAGUAAAUAGGCACUUAAGUCAAUUAGGUUAAUUAAAUAUAUUCUUAUUGCUGGAUUGUGAAGCAUUUCCUUAUAGUGUUACAUUAAGCAGAUUUAAACUGAGUAUCGUGAUCUAAGUUAGCUCAAGCCACGUUACAUAUGUAAUAUCCUAGUAGGAGGUAAUUUUUUUAUAUAAAUAAAAUAAAAUACAAGAUAACUCACUGAUAUAGUAUUUAUUGUUAAUGUCAUGUCUACGAAUAAUUACACCAUUAUGAAUCGUAUUCCUUGAUUAGAAGAUUCAUGAUUAUAAUUCAUAGCGGUGGAUUAUUAUUGGAUGAACGGGGUCUCCCGGUAACAAUGUAUACUUAUUGUUAUGUAAAUUGCAGAAUGCAUCUACCUGAUUAGUGAUUAACAACCCAUGUUUUCCUUAUUGUAAGUUAAAUAGGAUUUGAGUUAAUAUGGUACAUACCUAUUUGUAAUACUACUAGUAUUAAUUAAGUGUGGAGAAGUGUGAUGUACCUAUGUAGGUAGACACAUAUAUAUUGUUUUACGUGUGUCACGUACGUCAGUCCGGAAUAAAUCCUCGAACAAG